GUUUAUGGUCAACCAAUGGUGAAUGUUCCAAAUGUACCACCAGUACCAAAUAAAUCUGUAUCAACACCACCAAUACACACAAAUACAAUACAACGUUUAAUCAAAAUAUUAGAAAAUAAAAGUGUAUCAGAUGAAUCACGUGGAUUAAAGCGUGUAUAUUUAUCAGAUCGACAUAUUACUUGUAAUGAUGGUUCACGAGCUGGGUUUUAUUUGCGAAAAUAUCAUGGAAGUAAAAAAUGGAUUAUAUUUUUGGAAGGUGGAUGGUAUUGUUAUGAUCAUAAAAGUUGUCGAAAUCGAUGGAUGCGAUUAAGGCAUUUGAUGACUUCGACUCAAUGGCCAGAGAGCCGUGAUAUUGGUGGAUUGUUAUCGUCAAAUCCAGAAGAGAAUCCCUAUUGGUGGAAUGCAAAUCAUGUAUUUAUUCCGUAUUGCACAAGUGAUGCAUGGAGUGGUACACAGGCUGUUGCCGAAGAUAAAUUCAAUUUUAUGGGUGCAAAAAUUCUGGAACAAACUAUACGUGAUUUGUUACCAUUAGGCCUACAAAAUGCUACACAAAUGUUAUUGGGAGGUAGUAGUGCGGGUGGAACGGGAGCCAUGGUAAAUUUAGACACGGUUCGAGAUUUACUACAUCAUACAUUGAAUUUGAAGCAUAUUGAGGUACGUGGUGUGAUCGAUUCUGGUUGGUUUUUGGAUCGAGCACCCUACGCUCCUGGUUUAGCAACUGUUGAAGCAAUUCGUAAAGGAAUGAAAUUAUGGAUGGGAAAAGUUCCAAAAAAAUGCCAAAAUAUUUAUAAGGAUGAACCCUGGAGAUGUUAUUUUGGAUAUAGAUUGUAUCCUACACUAAAAUCGCCAUUAUUUGUGUUUCAAUGGCUUUUCGAUGAAGCACAAAUGUCUGCUGAUAAUGUGGGCGCACCAGUUACCAAACAACAAUGGGAUUACAUACAUAAAAUGGGUGAUUCCCUACGGCAUAGCUUUGAAAAUGUGACAGCAUUAUUUGCACCUUCAUGUAUAUCACAUUCGGUUUUAACAAAACGUGAUUGGUUAAAUGUAAAAGUGGAUGAUAUUUCAGUGGCUGAAGCAUUACAUUGUUGGGAACGACAUUUAGAUUCAAUUAAUAAUAAUACAUCAGUAAAAAAUAGUAUACAACAUGACGAGGAUUUAACAAUGAAUAAAAUUGCUGUUGAUUUGGAUACAAAUGAACCAACAAAUUUUCCUUCAAUAGUAUCGAUACGUCAUCGGAUCAUACCAACACUAUCAACUAUACGUGAUUCAAUGUUAAAAAAUAAUAUGGAUGCAGCUGGUGAGAAACCAGUUCCUAAACGUAGACGACGAAAAAAGCAUAGGAAUAAAAAUAAUCGUAGAAAUCAUCAAAAUAAAAAACGUAAAGGCAGAAAACAACGCGCUGAAAAAGAAAAAAAGAUGAACCAAUUAUCACCGGAGGAAACAAACUUAGCCAGACGACCAGAACGAUCAUUAUUAAAAGCAAAAAAACGUUCGAAACCAUCAUCAUCACAUCAUCAAUCCAUUUUGCAACAAUGUAAAAUGCGUGUUAUGGAACGUUGUUCAUGGCCACAAUGUAAUCAUUCUUGUCCAAAAUUACAUAAUCCAUAUACGGGCGAAGAAUUAGAUUUUAUUGAAUUAUUAAAAUCAUUCGGUUUAGAUAUGGAUAGUGUAGCGUUAGCUUUAGGAAUUGAUGUAAAUACGUUAAAUAAUAUGGACCAUUCGGAAUUAUUAAAUUUAUUAACGCAAUCUGCGAGUUAG